AUGCCAUACAUAUCAUACGGAGCACGUUUUCGGGGACUGUUCGUAGUUCUUGCAUUGAUCACAACUCUGUUAUUGUGCUAUGUCUGUAACACAUUUCCAGAUGUCUUUUUCGGCGCCAACGUACUCAGUAAAGAGAAUAUUUUGAAGCACAGAACAGCCGAGUUAACUAACAAAGUAAAUGCGAAAGAGUUAUCUUGGUCAAAUGUCCAAGAUCUUAAAGACGGCAGAGUUGACGGGAAUAAAGACGAAACUCGAUGGAAAAUGAAUUCACCGUAUAUAGAUAAAAAGUUUCAUUUGAACACAACGGGAGUGGUGAAAAACAAAACAAUAUUAUGGUGGAACUCUCCCGGCUGGUUAAAAAAUUGGUUUGCGGAUUUUAACAUGGACCAGUGUGAGUAUAAAAACUGUCGUGUCUCCUUCAAUCUUAGAGACUUCCAGCGGAGUGAUGCAGUGGUUUAUUCCCUUGUUGACACAGGCAUGGGGUAUAAACCCCCAGUUCCUCCAAAUAUGAGGAAUCCAGAUCAAGCAUGGAUAUUUUUUACUUUGGAGUCACCAGUACACGUAAAAAUGGCUAAGAGAGAGUUUAUGAAUCCGCACUGGCAGAAUGUAUUCAACUGGUCCUGGACUUACAGAACAGACGCCGAUAUUUUUCAUCCAUAUGGAAACCUGGUCACAAAAGAAAUUGUACCAAAAAGGAACUAUUCUGAAAUUUUCAGGAGGAAAACAAAAAUGGCGGCAUGGGCCGUCAGUCAUUGUAUAACAUAUUCUAGAAGAGAGAAAUACGAAAAUUUAUUAAACAAGUAUGCAAAAGUGGACAUAUAUGGUAGCUGUGGGCUUGCAUCCCCUCCAAAUUUGAAGAAAUUUAUUAACAACAAUUACAAGUUCUAUCUUGGUUUUGAGAACUCAUUGUGUAAUGAAUACAUGACAGAGAAGUUCUUCAAUUAUUAUAAAAUGGAUUUAAUAACAAUUGUGAGAGGAAAGGGGGACUAUAACAAAUAUUUGCCAGAGGGUUCUUUCAUAAACACAGCCGAUUUUCCAUCGGUUAAAGCUUUAGCAAAGUUUAUGCACAAGUUAGGCUCAAAUAAGGAAGAAUAUAUCAAAUAUUUAAAGGUAAAAGACAGGUAUAAAGUGUAUGAAAGAGAUUUUAUGUAUAGAGACGCGGCAUGCAGCGUGUGUGAAAAACUGAACAAUUUAGAGAAAAAUAGAAAAACUUACAAAAAUGUAAGUAAUUGGUUGGGAUCAUGUUACGCAGUCAAUGACGUAAAAGAAUCUAAAUGA